AUGCUGAAUGGUGGCAGCCUGUCAGAGCGGAACUUUUUCACAGCCACAUCAUCAACAACAAAAAAAUCCCUUUUUGAUACUGCCUUUCUGUACCAGAAUGAAGCUGUCAUCGGUAAGGUGCUUCAUGAGUACUUCAUACGUGGAAAGCUGGAAAGAAAGGACGUGUUUAUCACAACAAAGGUUGGUGUUAACUCUACAAAACCCAACUUCUUCCCGAAUCUCCUUAUCGUCCAUGAAGUCAAGUACAUACAAUGCAAAUUUGUAUCUCAAAAACUUAGUAUUACCUUGAAUUACAAGAAGGCGAAAGAUAGCUUUGCGCCGGCUUUUGUGAAUGAUAUGCAAAUACCAGUCACGGUUAGUCACCUCGAUACUUGGCAUGCUUUGGAGAAGUUAGUUGAUUCAGGAAAGCUAAAGGCCAUAGGGUUAUCGAACUUCAAUGUGAAGCAAUUACAAAACGUUUAUGACCAUGCUCGCAUCAAACCGGCAAAUCAUCAGAUAGAAUGUCAUCUGUACUGGCCACAGACGGAGCUUCUUGAGCUCUGUAAAAAGCUCAACAUAUCAGUCACAGCUUAUUCGCCUAUAGGAUCGCGUGGCAGAAAUAUAGAAUGUCAUCUGUACUGGCCACAGACAGAGCUUCUUGAGCUCUGUAAAAAGCUCAACAUAUCAGUCACAGCUUACUCGCCUCUAGGAUCGCGUGGCAGAAAUACUCCAGCACAAAUACUUUUACGUUAUCUCAUCCAAAAGGGUUUGAUUGUUAUCCCCAAAAGCGUGAAACCAGAGCGCGUCAAGGAAAACAUAAACGUUUUUGAUUUUGCCCUUGAUCAAGACGAUAUGAACAAACUUGCUGCAGUCAAAACCAGAGUGAGGCUGCUUCUUUGGGACGUUGCGAUUGGCCAUCCCUUCUAUCCCUUCGAUGAUGUUGACCAGUCAAAGUUGAAGAUGGCUUCAAUAAAAAUUUAG